CACGCACACGGACACGCGUGGGGCGGGGUUGGCGGCGGGCGGGCACGAAGGGGUUAAGGCGGCGAUGGGCGCAGCCCUCCGUCGCGGCCGGGGAAGGACGGGCCGGGCGCGGGGACGGGGCCACUCGCGGCGAUGCCGGCGGUGCUGUGCGGGGCGCUGCUGCUGUGCGGGGCGCUGUGCGGGGCCCGCGGGGCCGCGCUGACGCUGGCGGUGGUGCUGCCCGAGCGGAAUCUCUCCUACCCGUGGGCUUGGCCGCGCGUGGGACCCGCCGUGCGCCUGGCGGCCGCCGCCGUGAACGCGCGUGGGGAUCUCCUGCCCGGCCACGCGCUGCGCUGGGUGUUCGGCAGCAGCGAGGACCGGCACGGUUUGUGCUCCGAGAUGGCAGCGCCGCUCGCCGCCGUGGAUCUGCGGCUCGCCCACCACCCCGCAGCCUUCGUGGGGCCGGGCUGCGUGUACGCGGCGGCGCCGGUCGCGCGUUUCACGAGCCAUUGGGGGCUGCCGCUGGUGACGGCGGGGGCCGAGGCGCACGGCUUCGACGACAAACGCGAGCAGUUCGCGCUGACGACGCGCGUGGGGCCGAGCCACCGCAAACUGGGCGAGCUGGGAGUGCGGCUGCACCGGCGCUACGGGUGGGCGCGGCGGGCGCUGCUCGUCUACUGGGACGAGAGGGUGGACGACCGGCCGUGCUUCUUCGCGGCCGAAGGGCUCUACGUGCAGCUGCCGACGCUGCGCAACAUGACGGUCCUCGACGUGGUGUUCCGCCACCGCGGGAAUUACUCCUUCAUCAUCCAAGAGAUCCGGCAGAAAGGGCGCGUGGUGUACGUGUGCUGCGCUCCGGACACGUUGCGGGAGUUGAUGCUGCAGGCGUGGCGAGAGGGGCUGACGCGAGGAGAUUUCGCCUUCUUCUACAUCGACAUCUUCGGGGCCAGCCUGCAGGGGGGGGGGCGAUUCCCCGACCCCCAACGACCCUGGAAGCGCGGGGACCGCCACGACGACAGCGCCCGGGAGGCCUUCCAGGCCGUCACCAUCAUCACCUACAAAGAGCCCGAGAACCCCGAGUACCGACCCUUCGUGGCGCGGCUGAAGGAGGAGGCGCUGACCCACUUCAACUUCACCAUGAAGGACGGACUGAUGAACUUCAUCGCGGCCGCCUUCCACGACGGGGUUUUGCUCUACGCUCACGCCAUCAAUGAGACCCUGCAGCGCGGCGGCUCUGUCACCAACGCCUCCGCCAUCACCCAGCAGAUGUGGAACCGCACCUUCUAUGGCGUCACCGGGUUCCUGAGGAUUGAUGAGAACGGGGACCGGGAGAGCGACUACACACUAUGGGACAUGGACCCCACGAGUGGGGACUUCCAGAUUGUGGCCAACUACAACGGCACCACCAAGGAGCUCCAUAUGGUACCGGGACGUGACAUCCAUUGGCCAGGGAACACCGUCCCCUCCGACGUCCCCCCCUGUGGCUUUGACCACAGUGACCCACAGUGCCGCAAGGCCAACCUGAGCACGUUGGAGGUGCUGUCCCUGGCGCUCAGCCUCGUCCUGCUGGCCAUCACCGUCAUCUCCUUCUUCAUCUACAGGAAGCUGCAGCUGGAGAAGGAGCUGGCGGCCGAGUUGUGGCGCGUGCGCUGGGAGGACCUGCAGAUGAGCAGCAUGGAGAAGCAUCUGCGCAGCGCCGGCAGCAAGCUCACCUUGUCCCUGAGGGGCUCCAACUACGGCUCGCUGAUGACAGCAGAGGGGCAGUUCCAAGUCUACGCCAAGACGGCGUAUUACAAGGGCAACCUGGUGGCCAUCAAGCACCUCAACCGCAAGCGGAUCGAGCUGACGCGCAAGGUCCUGUUCGAGCUGAAGCACAUGCGAGAUGUCCAAAACGAACACCUGACGCGCUUCAUCGGCGCCUGCACCGAUCCCCCAAACAUCUGCAUCCUGACUGAGUACUGCCCGCGGGGGAGCCUGCAGGACAUCCUGGAGAACGAGAGCAUCACUCUGGACUGGAUGUUCCGCUACUCCCUCACUCUUGACAUCGUUAAGGGGAUGCAGUUCCUGCACAACGGCGUCAUCAUGUCCCACGGCAACCUCAAGUCCUCCAACUGCGUGGUGGACAGCCGCUUCGUGCUGAAGAUCACCGACUACGGGCUGGAGAGCUUCCGCGUGGCUCCAGACGGCGACGAUUCCCACGCGCUCUUUGCCAAGAAGCUGUGGACGGCGCCGGAGCUGCUGAGGAUGGAGGUACCGCCGGCCCGCGGCACGCAGAAGGGUGAUGUGUACAGCUUUGGCAUCAUCCUGCAAGAGAUCGCGCUGCGCAACGGCGUCUUCUACGUGGAGGGAAUGGACCUGAGCCCCAAAGAGAUCAUCGAGCGGGUGAAGAGUGGGGAGCGCCCCAGCUUCCGCCCCUCGGCCAACGUGGGGUGCCACAUGGAGGAGCUGGGCCAGCUCAUGCAGCACUGCUGGGCCGAGGACGUCCUGGAGCGCCCCGACUUCAACCAGAUCAAGGUCCAGCUCCGCAAGUUCAACAGGGAGAGCAGCAGCAACAUCCUGGACAACCUGCUGUCACGCAUGGAGCAGUACGCCAACAACCUGGAGGAGCUGGUGGAGGAGCGCACCCAGGCUUACCUGGAGGAGAAGCGCAAGGCUGAGGCUCUGCUCUACCAAAUCCUUCCCCACUCGGUGGCGGAGCAGCUGAAGCGUGGGGAGACGGUGCAGGCGGAGGCGUUUGACAGCGUCACCAUCUACUUCAGCGACAUCGUGGGCUUCACGGCGCUGUCGGCCGAGAGCACCCCGAUGCAGGUGGUGACACUGCUCAACGACCUCUACACCUGCUUCGACGCCAUCAUCGACAACUUCGACGUCUACAAGGUGGAGACCAUCGGGGAUGCCUACAUGGUGGUGUCGGGGCUGCCGGUGCGCAAUGGGAAGCUGCACGCACGCGAGGUGGCUCGCAUGGCUCUGGCAUUGCUGGAUGCUGUCCGGUCCUUCCGCAUCCGCCACCGGCCGCAGCAGCAGCUCCGGCUGCGCAUCGGCAUCCAUACGGGGCCCGUCUGUGCCGGUGUGGUGGGCCUGAAGAUGCCCCGGUACUGCCUCUUUGGGGACACUGUGAACACAGCCUCACGCAUGGAGUCCAACGGCGAAGCCCUGAAGAUCCACAUCUCGGCGGUGACCAAAGCGGUGCUGGAGGAGUUCGGCUGCUUCGAGUUGGAGCUGCGGGGUGAUGUGGAGAUGAAGGGGAAGGGCAAAGUCCGGACCUACUGGCUGCUGGGGGAGCGCGGGAGCAGCACGCGGGGCUGAGCCCCCCCCCCAAUACCCGGAGCCCCCCGGGUGGGGCCACAGGGGGACGAACCCCCCCGCUCCGUGGGGGGGGUGGGGGGGGCUGAGCCCGGUACCGACCGCGACGGUGAGCGGAGGAGCGGGACGGGGCGGCCCCGUGUCCCGGUGCGGAUCGGUUUCCCCCCNNNGGCGGCGGCACCGGA